ACCACGGUUCCCAAGGAGAAAGCCGCACAGGAACGAGGUCGUCUAUCCCGGAUCCUCCGGUAAAAAAACCCCCAAAAGAAACCUUUAAAUCAGCACGAGGGGGAGGACGGACUGGGUCCCGGACACAGAUGACCCGGUCGAUGCGGUGAUUUCACGGCAGCAACCGGUUACUGGUCCAGAGCCCCGCACGGAUCCCGCAUCCUCCAGCGCCAGGAGAGGAGCUGCUGCCUGCAGGUUCCAACCCGCUUGAAGCUGAACGUGGAUCCAGACAGAAGCGGGACUUUCCUUCUUCUCUGUGAUGAUGAGCUGCAGAUGAAAGAGCCCUGGAAAUAACCCUGAGUGACUCCGGGCGACGUCUGUCUGACUGAGAGACACGAGGAGGCCGGGGCACUUUGGGAUCCGAGCCAAUGACCCGCGGGAGGCGAGGGGCGGCGUGAAGGCUUGAUUACAAUGGGGCUGCAGAUCUUCAUACCCGGUGACUGUGUGUCCGAGCGCCGCUCACUAUGCCCUCCGCCAUGCAACACGUGAAGCCUCCACCGCCAUGUGACUACCCCUGCACGUCCUCUGCCACAGCCUCCGCCGGCUUUCCUGCAGGCUGCGCCUCCCCCCUCGACCUUGUCGUAGACAUGGAGCCCUGCAUUGCCAACCUCCCGCUGUCCCCCGACCCCCUGUCGUCCUUCCCUCGACACAGACCCGGCGCUCCUCACUACCCCGGCCUCCACGGACCUCCUUACCCUCUCAUGGCCAGGUGUAACAGCAGCACUCUGCUCUCCAACCUGGGGCUGAGGUACUGCUCCAGCAGGCAGAGCCCCUUAGGGAUGGGGCUGAGUCAGGGGAUGGCCCCGGGCUCCUUCCACACCGGAGGCAACUGCGGCCGGCCGUACAGGAGUAUGGAGAACCUGAACUGGAACGCUGUGGCAGAUUCGGGCCUGUGUGCAUUCAGUGCUGCCCCCUACAGGAGUGUGGACAGUGAGUUUAUUUUACGCUGCACAUCCAUGAGCCACUGGUAUGACGGGCCCCCAGAUGGAUCUCUGGUGGGGACUCAUGGACUACCCAACCAAGAGAGCCUGGCAUUCUACCCUCGACAUGUGUUACCCAGGAAGGACCUACCGCUCUUCCCCCAGCUGCUUUUUCCAGGUGGCGUUGACGAAUGGGAUGCAAGGAAAGGCCUGAGGGAGAAACUCCGCUUGCAGAGUGCGAGGUCGGCACUUGAGUCUCUGAAGCCCCUCCCUUUGAGGCCUCAGGUGACCCAAGGAUGUGCACCCAUCGAGAAGGAGGGUGUGCAGUCAACAGGCGCUGGUCCCAGGCCGCUGUGCCCAAUGCGCAUCACCAACCCCGAGGAGAUCAAGCAGGAGGUCCUGAGGCGCCUGCAGCUCCGGCGUCAGAACAGCAGCCCCAACCUCACUCUCCACAGCUCCCCGUCCGCCCCCAAAGUGGUCAAAACAUCCUUCACAACCGAGAACAUCGUAGGCAACAGGCUUGGAUCCGAUCCUGCGUCCGAGUGCCGCAGACCUCCUGCGGGACGCCUACACAUCCCAACAUUUGAGGAGUUUAAGCGGAUGAGGCAGAAGGAGGGGGAGCAGGGCAAAGAGUCCACAGCGGGUUCUGUGGUAUCUGGAAAGACUGAGGAAGCAGCAUCAGACAGUGAGAUACCUGCCUCUGAUCGGACUGUCCAUGAGUCAGGUUCUCGUAUAGAGGAGAGAAGAGACCACGAGGAGAAACUUCCUUCUAACACUGUGAACGGACACAGCACCGCGGAUCCUACCUCCGUUACCAGCACUUAUUCCCCCAUCCGCACUGGCCCGUCUCCACGUUCGCCCCUACAGCCGCUGGCAAGCUCAGCCCAGGAGAAAGCGACCGCCGCAGGGGCGAAUGACGGUAGCAUUAGCAGGCGCAGGAGGAGCAGCCUGGAACCAGCCGGGUCAGUUCCCUUCCCGCACGGCAGAGAGAACUGGGAACGGCCCUCCAGCUGCUGCCCGGCGCUCCUCCUGGAGGGGACGGACCUGUCAAGCUACGGGGCUAAGAUUUACAAGAUGAAGGAUGGCCUCAUCGGCUCCGCACUGGACCUCAUCAAGAAGAGCUGCAGUGCAGAGAUUUCCGCCGAGACUCCCGUCAGGCUGUCAGGUGACCGGCACGGAGGCUGUGACAUCACCGCCCCCUCGACCGACUGUCAGCCCUCCGCCGUUGCCAUGGCAACGUCGGCAACGUCGGCCUGCAGAGCCGAGGCUGCCGACGAGACGCCUGCAGGAGGUGGAGGAGGAGGAGGAGGAAGAGAGGAAGCAGAAGAAUGCCACACCGGCCUGGGCUGCAGGCGCUCCAGCUCGGACGUGGCCUAUGAGCUGGCGGAGACGGUGAGGGCACAGCGCGAGUGCCGUCUGCGGCCCCACUACAGCGACCCCAUGCCGGCCGACGCCUCCAAGCGCAAACAGCUGGAGAUGAAGAUCGCUGCCGCCGCCCGCCUCCACAGCCACCGCCGGGACCGAGACCGAGACCGGGACAGCGCUCCUGCAGCACUCCGCGGCCGCUCAGAGCCCCCCGGUGAGGAGCGCCAGGCGGGUCUGGGUGUGACUCGGUCCGGGCAGCACCGCUGGAGCACCAUCAGCAGCCUGAGCGCCGACAGCGGCGUGGUGGGUCUCAGCGACGAGAGGGAGGAGGAGGACAGCGAGCCUCGCCGCUGCCGCCGCAACAGGGGGGCCGAGGUGGAGCGGGUGGACAGCGGCAUUGGCCCGGGGCUGUCGCGCACCUGGAAGAGGCCAUCCGCCUCCCUCCGAGCCUGGGAGGCCCAGAGGCCCUGUCCGGACUGCGGCCUGAGGGACGGGGCGUCCAAAGAGCGGGGCGAGCGCAUGUGCGAGCGCUGCUCCAAGCUGCGCACGGAGCGCAAGGAAGCCAUCCUGGAGUUCCUGAACACAGAGUCCAGCUACGGCGAGGACCUGCGGAUCAUCAGGGAGGAGUUCUACUGCCCCAUGCAGAGCGCGGGGCUGCUGACGGCCGAGCAGCUCGCCGUGGUGUUCAGCAACGUGCAGGAGCUGAUCGACGUCAACGACCGCUUCACUGAACACCUGCAGGACAGCAUCGACCACGCCUUCGACCAGGGAGAUGAGGAUCUGCUGACGGUGCACAUAGGGGAGAUCUUCCUGGAGUUCGUCAACAUGCUGCCCGCCUUCCAGACCUACUGCCUGCAGCAGUCCACCGCGGUCAACAUGCUCAACACGCUGGAGAAAGAGAAGGAACUGCUCAGAAUCUUCCUGGAUGUCUCCCAGAACGACAACACAGCGCUGCGCCGGAUGAACCUGCGCUCCUUCCUCAUGGCGCCCCUGCAGCGCGUGACCAAAUACCCGCUCUUGUUGAGCCGCAUCAUCAAGGUCACCACCGAAUGCCACCCCGACUACGCGCGCCUCCGCGAGGCCAAGAGUCGGGUGGAGUCCCACCUGGAGCACAUCAACAUGAAGACCAAGCAGGAGGGCAACGGCGUCACCUGGUCCCUGCGCUCGUUCCGCCGCGACAGCCGCAAGAACCGCGAGGUGAUCAACAUCGAGAUGCGCGAGGUCUCCAUGAAGACGGUGGGCUGGGCCCGGGAGAACACCCGCUUCGUCAUGGAGGGGCCGCUCCAGCUGUCGCAGCCGGCCGACGGCCAGUGGCUGAAGAAGGGCAGCAAGGCCCUCAAGUUCCAGAAUGUCCAGAGCCUGCUGAUGGUGAGGACGCAGCGGGCGGGGGACGCCCCCGGACCGGGCGGCGAGCCGGCGCCGCAGGUGGAAGGCGGCGGAGAGAGCAUUCGAGACGGAGUGCUGGUUCUGAUCAAGGACAAGAGCAGCGGGAAGUUCGCGGUGCUGCGAGAGCCGAUCCGCCUCGGGAACUGCGUGGUGUCGACGGACCCGGACUGCGAGGACACGUUCGAGGUGCUCGACAUCCGGCGGGAGUCCUUUGUCUUCCGCGCCUCGGACAAAUCGCGCACGCAGCAGUGGUUCCAUCAGAUCAAGAGGUACACGCGAGACUUGGGCACGUGGAGGAAGAGGCGCAACGCUUUGCCCAACAUCAUGAUCAACACAAACCAGACGCGCUCCUGAGAACCGACACCCGGACUUUGUCACUCUGUAAAUAACCUUGAACUGCAAAAUCAGCGGACAACAGGAAAACGACAGCACUGUUCUGACAAUGUGAGAUUUCAGUCAAAAACAACCUUUCUCAAAGUCUCAUGAGGCUGAGGAGAAGGAGGAUAUAGCACUUUCCCCCCCCCUUACAAAGCUACACGUGCACCAUAUGCUGUCAUGGAAAUAGCGUACGAGGUUUUUUAUUUUAAAGCCGUUGACGUGAAAAAUAUCCGAUUCUUGGGACAACCAAAAAAAAAAAACUUGGGCUGUGCUCGUCAGCCUUGAUUGUAAAGACUGUUCGCCCGCGUUUUCAGUAAAUGAGGUGUGUCUGUCGAACGAACGCCAUGACUGCACAUGACUGACUGCAAAACAAGACAAAAUUGUAAUGUCUUUUCUUUUCUUUUAAAUACAAGACAGUAACGGGGGGGAAAUAACAACGUUUUAGUUUUUUUGUGUUGGUAUGUAGUGGUCAAGAGGAGCCUUGUUGAGUGGUUUCUGUCCAUUGUCCUGACCUCUCCUCGUCCGCGCGCCGCCGCCACCUACUGUACGUCGGCGGUGGAGCAACUUUCACUGCCAGAGACGCAGUUGAGCAGAGCCUCUCCCUGAGAAACACGCUGAGCGAAACCCCCCGUGUCACUGUGUUCUCAAAACGAGAGAAGCUCACACGAACAGCAAUAAUAUCUGCCAGUUUUUCGGGGGGAAAAAAAAGAAGUAGCUGCUGUAAAUGUGUUCGGUUUCCUCUUUUUUGGCGUUCAGGUGCAUCGGUGCGAGGCUUCACGCGGGGGGCGGAAUUCAAGUGACGCCUCGGAUCUGUUUUUUUCCUGUUGGUCGACGACGUGGCGAAAGCAGCUCGAGAGGAGUCUAGUCAAAUCUCUUUUCGUGUUAAUGUCGCCGGUGGGAUCUACAGCGUUGUGUAAUUAGGAGAACCAGUUGACGGGAAUCUCUGGAGGCGAUCUCCCUCUAUUCUGAAAUGGGGGGAAAAAAAUGAAACAUCCUCCAGGUCAUUAUUCAAAAUUUAAGGCGACAGACAAAGUUCACAACGUAACAGAAUGAAAUUCUAAAUUGUGGAACACAAUAUCACGUACCUCUCUCGCCCAUGGAGCGCAUGAGCAGGAAGGGGACGAGAGAAAGCGCGAAACGCCCUUUUAUGGGCGGGGUCCCCCGAAAAAAGGUAACAGACACUCAGUCACAAACGUUCCACAUAUUAACAAUGUCAGGCAAUGAUUAUAUGCACAUUGUGUAAUUACAAAUUAUACAAUAUUGGAUACAUAUAAUACUGCUGCAUAAUUAAAAUUGUUAAAUUAACAUCAGGCCAAAUAGUGAGUGAUGAGUUUUUCCAACAAAACUGAGGGUUUUUGGAACAGAUACCCUCCAACGUGUUCCUCUGGUCUCCAGAAUAUCCCCAAAAAUUGUGUUAUAUGGCCAUUUCAAAUACCUAAAAGACAACGGACAGUCGUUUGAAUUUUUGGGGUUUUAUCCGACCAACAAUCCUCAAUUAGUAAGCUCGACAAUUAAUUGAUUGUGUCAAUCAGCUACCUACCGAUUUGUCAUUUGUCGAACCCCUUGUUUCUCGACGACCUGUCCCUCAAAAACGGUCCCGACCGUCUUGUCGCGGUUUGUUGUCACGUGACCGAGCAAUGAGCUGUUGUGCCUUGGUACUACUGUAGAUCGCUGUUAACACCGAAGUUGACGGAAAUGUGUGCAGCCUCCGGAGAUACGGACUACACUCUGCCCCUCUGCUGGCAACGUGACGGAGAUUUAAUCAUAAAAGGCAAUAUAACGGUAUUCCUCUGGACGGGUCCUUGGCUGCUGAUAAUGUUUCUACUUCUCCUGGUUGCGUUUAUUUAUGAAUUUCUUUGAUGCACUUUAUUAUUAUUAUUAUUCCGUGAUAGAGCACUCUCUGGUAGAACUGCUGGUGAAAUAAAUCUCGCAGUCCUUGUUAAUUCACAAGUCUUCAUGUUAGAAGGAACCUUGAGUUCUGUUUGACACAGUCAUCGAACCAAAACCUCUAUUUAAGACCGAUGCUGUUAUUUUUGUUCUUUUUUUUAUAAAGUAGCACUAGAACAGGUAGCGAAUCACUGUAACGGAGGGCAGGGCUGCUCAACGCCGCACCAACACUCCUGUGCUGUUGGAGGACGCUGUUUCAGAUUUGAAAAUGUACAAAAAAAGAGACUGAAUUCCGUGUCGUUACUUUCCUUUUUCCUCAUUUGCAUUUGAAAGGCCUGAUGUAUUAUUUCCCCCGAUGAAUUCUAUUAAAAAGGUUUUAAACACAAA